AUGCACUCAUAUUUGCCUUUGAAUUCGUGGCCUAUCUAUGGACUGUGUGUUACGAUUGCUGUUUGGUUUAUAUAUAAACAUUUAAGCCGUACUUUUGGUUUCUUUGACACUUUGGGUCUCAAAGGGCCGAAACCAGUGGUCAUAUUCGGUAAUCAAUUAGAUCUGCUAUUCGUGUCAAAGCCUGACCUCGAAGUGCAGCGAACGAAACAAUUCGGCAAAAUCUAUGGUUACGAAGUGCAUUGUUGUGCCGGAAUAUCCAUCGAUUUGCUCAAUGCCGUCGCCCGAGACAUGAACUUUGAAUACGAUUUGUAUUUAGUGGCCGACGGCCUGUUCGGUGUCCGCAGAAAUAGUACGCUAGCGCUGAGCGGCCAAUGGGACGGCAUUACCGCCGAUCUGGUCAACGAUGUCGCGCACAUGACGUUCACCGCAUUUAGUACUACCAGCACUCGUGUUCAGGCAAUCGACUAUUCGGUGCCAUUUUUCUAUUCGGGUGUCUCGUGUCUCGCCCGGGCCUCACACAUAGCCGACGUACCGCUCGAAGCAUUUCUCAUACCAUUUAGCUAUCAAUUAUGGUUCGCGAUAUUCACUAGUCUUUUGGCCACUGCUAUCGCGGCUGCCAUUUACGAGUGGUUCAGUCCCUUCGGUCUCAACCCGUGGGGACGUCAGCGCACAAAAAACUUUAGCUUAGCCUCAGCUCUAUGGGUGAUGUGCUCUCUUCUAUUCAGCCAUUUAGUCGCCUUCAAAGCACCCAAAUCCUGGCCCAAUAAGGUACUAAUCAACGUUUGGGGAGCUUUUAGUGUAAUAUUUUUAGCCACAUAUACGGCUAACAUUGCCGCACAUUUUGCCGGUCUAUUCCGUAUUCCUGAAGUCAACGAUUUUCGUGAUUCGAGCCUUAUGAAACAAAGGACGGGAACCGCUAGAAGUAGCGCUUCUGAGGGAUAUUUAAUGGAGAAAUAUACCGAUCUUUGGCAUCACAUCGAGAAGAAUAAUGUCCACAACUUUGAUGAAGGACUCGAACACUUACGAAAUAACAAGUUGGAUGUCCUGAUUGGGGAUACGGCUAUAUUAGACUAUUUCCGAGCCACUGAUCCCAUCUGUAAUUUAACACUAUUAGGGGAUUCCAUCUUCGAUGACGCCUAUGCUAUAGGAAUGCAAAAAGGCUUUCCAUUUCGGGAAUUGAUCUCAAGUUUGAUACUGAAGUAUAACGAGUACGGCUUUCUCGACCAAUUGCACCGCAAAUGGUAUGGAAGAGUCCAUUGCCUCGAGUCGUCGGCACUGACCAAACCCAAGCCUUUAACCGUCAAAGCAGUCGCCGGAGUAUUUCUAAUGCUCUUCUUCGGCCUAAUCAUCGGAACCGUUAUUUUACUCACUGAACACUUUGUCUUCAAAUACAUGUUACCGUCGCUCAGAAAGAAACCCAAAGAAUGUUUCUGGAAGAGUCCAAACCUCAUGUUUUUCAGUCAAAAAUUAUAUCGUUUUAUAAAUACCGUAGAAUUGGUUUCACCGCAUCAUUCGGCCAAAGAGAUCAUGACUAACCUCAGGGAAGGACAGAUCGCCAGUCUUUUCCAGAAAAGUGUCAAAAGAAAAGCGAAAGAAGAGGCCCGACGUCGCAAAAGUAAAUCUCAAUUCUUUGAAAUGAUUCAAGAAGUGAGAAAAGUAGUUCAACGUCAGGCACACGAAAGAAGUUUUAACGACUCCAUUGAAGCGGCGGCUGGAAAGCCGUCUGUCGUCACCAAUAAAAGAGAUUCAAUAGUAACAGAAACUGAAUCUCUUGGGGCGCCGACCACUUACAGGACGUCAUCGAUUCGCUUUAAAGAGCCCGACGAGAGCUUUGAUGAGCGCAUACUUGUCCACAGAGAGCCCCUUCCGGCGCAUCUCAUUGUGAAGCCGGUCUCUAGUCUUAAGAGUACGAGUUCUGACUCGAGAACCAGAUUAUUGAAGUCGAGCCGAACGUCCACUUCGGCCACAAGUAGUGGUGAAUCCACUUAUUAUAGAAGUCCGGCGUCGCCUACUGUUAAACACAAGCCCCGGUCCACACAGCCCUUCACAUCUCAAUUCACUAAUAGUUUCAGUUUAGAGAACGUCUCCUACUCUUCAAUAGCCGACACAAGUCUGACGAAUAAAUACUUCGACCGAAAGACACAGAAUCGGAGAAAGAUGUGGUCUUUUGACGAUUUGGAUGCAAUCAAACGCGAAUUGAAUGAACCGAUGUCUCCCAGCGAUCGAAACCAUUCUAGUCUUAUGUUGUUUGAGUUCUUCCCCAAAAAGAGUUCUGUGAUUAUAGCGAGUCCUCGGCAUCGGAUCGACAGCUUAAGGCUGGCGUCGAUGAGCAAAGAGGAUGUGCUGGCGAUGUGGAGGUCCUCUGAACGGGAACUCCUGAAUCAACUUCAAGACGCUCUGCAACAGAAGCGAGCGCUGGAGGAAAAGGUAGCUCUUCUGCAGAGAAUGCUAAUGAAGCCGCCCUGA